CUCAGCCCAACUUUAUCUACAAAACUUGUGUCACUUAACUUCAGCUUGGCAAGUUGAGUUCAGUUGCUCUCUUGCUCAUUUAUGGUGAAUGAAUAUUAUUGGGUUUUUAUUGCAGCAAUCAGUUGUUAGAAAUUGACUAGAGCUUUUUUUUAUUUUUGUAAAGUUUCUAAAGAUAGGUUUUCAUUGCAAUUUGUUGUUCUAAUCUUUUAGAAAUGAGAAUUCUUGGUAGUGGAAUGAGAAUAGUCCUAUUUGUAGCAUUCAUUUGCAGUCAUGUUUUUGGUACAUUAGCACAGACCAAUUUCCAAGAUGCUGCUGUUUUGAAGGCCCUCACAACUGGCUGGGAGAAUUUACCGCAGAGCUGGAAUGGUGAAGACCCUUGUGGCAGAAGAUGGGAAGGAGUUAUCUGCAGCAAUUCCCGUAUAAUUUCAAUAAAAUUAGCAAGUAUGGGUUUGACGGGUCAGCUCACUGGAGAUUUGACAUCUUUGUCUCAACUGCAGAUUCUCGAUCUAUCCUACAAUGAAGGGCUUAUUGGUUCUCUUCCAUACAAUAUCGGAGAUCUGUCAAAUCUUAAUACCUUAAUCCUUUUUGGUUGUGGCUUUUCCGGAAGAAUUCCUGAUUCAGUGGGAUCGCUCAAGAAACUUGUCUAUUUAUCUCUAAAUUCUAACCAAUUUACUGGAGAAUUACCAGCUUCUAUUGGUAAUUUGAAACACUUAUAUUGGUUAGAUAUGUCUGAUAAUCAGCUCACUGGAAGCAUUCCUGUUUCUGAUGGAAGCAAACCUGGGCUCGAUAUGCUAGUUCAUACAAAGCACUUCCACUUUGGAAAGAAUCGAUUCUCUGGAGAAAUCCCGCGUAAUCUUUUUAAUUCUGACAUGAAACUGAUACAUGUGCUUUUUGACAACAAUAACCUCACAGGAAGCAUUCCUGAAUCAUUAGGUCUUGUCCAGUCGUUGGAGGCAGUUCGCUUUGACAGGAAUUUAUUGAGUGGCGAUCUUCCACCCAAUCUCAACAACCUUACUCGAGUCACCGAGCUGGAUUUGUCUCAAAAUGCGCUAACUGGUCCUGUGCCCAAUCUUACAGGCAUGGACACCCUUAUCUCCGUGGAUCUGAGCAACAAUAGUUUUGCAGCUGCAACAGUUCCAAAUUGGUUUUUAUCCCUAAAGUCCCUGAGAACAGUAAAAAUGGAACGAACAGGACUGGAAGGGCUGCUUCCACCCGAAUUCUUAAGUGACCCUCUGCAAACUGUCAUCUUGAAGAACAAUCGGCUUAGUGGGACUAUAGAUUUUGGUAGUAGCUCUAACCAGUUACUGGAUCUCAUUGAUCUACAAAACAAUUCCAUCAGUAACGUCACAUUGAAGCCUGGAUCUAAAUAUACAAUUAUGCUUUCUGGUAAUCCAAUUUGUCAGAAAAGUUUGGUAGAAUCAACUUACUGCAACAAACAGGAAAUUGGUUCUUCGUACAGAACACCAAUAUUUUGUGUUCCUCCCAAAUGUCCAUCUGUCCAAAUGUUUAGCCCCACUUGCAAAUGUGCAUAUCCCUACACUGGACAAUUUGUCCUUAGAGCCCCUUCUUUCUCAGCCUUCGGAAAUGAUAGUUACUUCACAACUCUCCAGCGUUCCCUUUUGCAGUUUUUUGUUAAUAACUCACUUCCCGUGGAAUCUGUGUCACUAAUUAAUCCAACUAUGGAUUCAUUGGGUUACCUUACCAUGCAGCUGGCAUUCUUCCCAGCUAAGCAAGAUCGUUUCAAUAGAACAGCAGUGUCUUCACUUGCGUUUGCACUCAGCUAUCAGACUUUCGCACCACCUAAGGAUUUUAAACCCUAUGUUUUUCUUGCAGACAAUUACUUCCCAUUUGAAGGAAUAAAAAAAAAUCCAUCUCAUAUAGGAGCAAUUGCUGGUGCUAUUAUAGGAGUUUCAAUUCUACUGUUGCUACUAAUUAGUGCUGCAGGCUAUGCGUUUUAUCAAAAGAAGAAAUUAGAGAAGGCUAAGCAGCAGGCCAAUCCAUUUGUGUCGUGGGACUCACAUGGAACUAGCGGUGAUGUUCCCAAUUUAAAAGGAGCCAGGUUUUUCACUUUUGAAGAACUUCAGAAAUGUACCAACAAUUUUUCUGAAGUCAACAACGUUGGUUCUGGAGGCUAUGGGAAGGUUUACAGGGGAGUUCUUACUGAUGGGCAGAUUGUUGCUAUUAAAAGAUCUCAGCAAGGAUCGAUGCAGGGUAGUCGAGAGUUUAAAAAUGAGAUUGAGCUUUUAUCAAGGGUCCAUCAUAAAAAUCUUGUGAAACUCAUAGGAUUUUGCUUUGAUCAUGGAGAACAGAUGCUGGUCUAUGAAUUCAUUCCUAAUGGUACACUAUCUGAUAGUCUUUCAGGGAAAUCUGGGAUACAGUUGGACUGGAUAAGACGACUGAAAAUAGCCCUUGGCUCGGCCCGAGGUUUGCAGUAUCUGCAUGAGCUUGCUGAUCCACCAAUCAUACACAGGGAUAUAAAGUCAACUAACAUCUUGCUUGAUGAGCGUCUAAACGCCAAAGUUGCUGACUUUGGCCUUUCCAGGCUGUUUGGUGACUCUGAAAAGGGUUAUGUUACUACUCAAGUCAAAGGAACAAUGGGAUACCUCGAUCCUGAAUAUUUCAUGACCAAUCAGUUAACUGAUAAAAGUGAUAUAUUUGGUUUUGGUGUGGUUUUACUGGAAAUGCUCACUGCCAGCAAACCAAUACAACAAGGCAGAUUCAUUGUGAAAGUGAUAAAAGAAACAGUAGACAAGACAAAAGAUUUAUAUAACCUUGGUGAAGUAAUGGACCCUGUGCUUCUUUCAUCUUCAACAACGCUAGUUGGACUUGAAAAGUUUGUGGAUUUGACAUUGAAGUGUGUUGAAGAAUUUGGAGUUGAUAGGCCUUCGACAGGUGAAGUGGUGAAAGAACUCGAGAUCAUUAUGCAGUUAGCAGGUAUGAAUCCAGAUUCAGAAUCUACGACAACCUCACAGAGUUAUGAAGGUUCAUCAACUGCAAAGAGUUUCAGCCAUCCCUAUUCUGAUGAUUCACUUGUUUGAUAUAGUUAACGUGUUCAAAUUUACCAAGACUUUUUUUAAAGAUCUUAAUCUUGCAAAUUUGUAUAUCAUAUGAACAACUACGUUUAUAAUGUAUCCUUUGUGUAAAGGUGAAAACUUUGUUGAUGUGAGUUAACCACAAAUUAUAAAUCACGGAAUGAGGUUUUUUAAUUUCUUUAAAUGUAAUUGUUGUUGAAA